CACGGGCCUGGAAACAUAGCAGGUGCUCAAGGUGGAGGCAAAGAGAGAAGGCAAGGAGUGCUCCUGAGAAUGCAUCUGCACUCUAGUUAAAGACGCAUCGGGUGGCAAGACCUAAUUUCUCUGUAAAUGGAGCAGAAAUAUCACACUGGUGUUUCCUCUGUAUGAGUGCAAAGAUACAGGCAUUUCUCCAGAUGCUGAAACAGCAUGAGAAAGACACAAGACAGAGUCAACAAGCACAAACCAUGGAUCGAGACUUCAUAUCACGGAGUCAUAACUGAGAACAAUGACACAGUCAUUUUGGACCCACCACUUGUAGCCCUGGAUAAAGAUGCACCAGUUCCUUUUGCAGGGGAAAUUUGUGCCUUCAAGAUCCACGGCCAGGAGCUGCCCUUCGAGGCCGUGGUGCUCAACAAGACGUCAGGAGAGGGCCGGCUGCGUGCCAAGAGCCCCAUCGACUGCGAGCUGCAGAAGGAGUACACGUUCAUCAUCCAGGCCUACGACUGUGGCGUGGGGCCCCGGGAGACGGCCUGGAAGAAGUCGCACAAGGCCGUGGUCCACAUCCAGGUGAAGGACGUCAAUGAGUUUGCUCCCACCUUCAAAGAGCCAGCCUACAGGGCGGUCGUGACAGAGGGGAAGAUCUACGACAGCAUCCUGCAGGUGGAGGCCGUCGACGAGGACUGCUCCCCCCAGUACAGCCAGAUUUGCAACUAUGAAAUCGUCACAACUGACGUGCCCUUUGCCAUUGACAAAAAUGGCAACAUUAGAAAUACCGAGAAGCUGAGCUAUGACAAGCAACGCCAGUAUGAGAUCCUGGUGACCGCCUAUGACUGUGGACAGAAGCCCGCCGCGCAGGACACGCUGGUGCAGGUGGAUGUGAAGCCAGUUUGCAAGCCUGGCUGGCAAGACUGGACCAAGAGGAUUGAGUAUCAGCCUGGCUCAGGGAGCGUGCCGCUUUUCCCCAGCAUCCACCUGGAGACGUGCGACGGGGCCGUGUCCUCCAUCCAGAUCACCACGGAGCUGCAGACCAAUUACAUCGGGAAGGGCUGCGACCGGGAGACCUACUCUGAGAGAUCUCUUCAGAAAUUAUGCGGAGCCUCCUCUGGUAUCAUCGACCUCAUGCCGUCCCCCAGCGCUGCCACCAACUGGACAGCAGGGCUCCUGGUGGAUAGCAGCGAGAUGAUCUUCAAGUUUGAUGGCAGACAAGGGGCCAAGAUCCCUGAUGGGAUUGUGCCCAAGAACCUGACAGACCAGUUCACCAUCACCAUGUGGAUGAAACACGGCCCCAGCCCUGGUGUGAGAGCCGAGAAGGAAACCAUCCUCUGCAACUCAGAUAAGACUGAAAUGAACCGGCAUCACUACGCCUUGUACGUGCACAACUGCCGCCUCGUCUUUCUCUUGCGCAAGGACUUCGACCAGGCCGACACCUUCCGCCCUGCUGAGUUCCACUGGAAGCUGGACCAGAUAUGUGACAAAGAAUGGCAUUACUACGUCAUCAAUGUGGAGUUUCCUGUAGUUACCUUAUACAUGGAUGGAGCAACAUAUGAACCCUAUCUGGUGACCAACGACUGGCCCAUUCAUCCAUCUCACAUAGCCAUGCAACUUACGGUCGGCGCUUGUUGGCAAGGAGGAGAAGUCACCAAACCGCGGUUUGCUCAAUUCUUCCACGGCAGCCUGGCCAGUCUCACUAUCCGCCCUGGCAAAAUGGAGAGUCAGAAGGUGAUCUCCUGCCUGCAGGCCUGCAAGGAAGGACUGGAUAUUAAUUCCCUGGAAAGCCUCGGCCAAGGAAUAAAGUACCACUUCAACCCUUCACAGUCCGUCCUGGUGAUGGAAGGUGACGACAUUGGGAACAUCAAUCGCGCCCUCCAGAAGGUGUCCUACAUCAACUCCAGGCAGUUCCCGACGGCGGGUGUGCGGCGCCUGAGAGUCUCUUCCAAAGUCCAGUGCUUCGGAGAAGAUGUGUGCAUCAGCGUCCCCGACAUGGAUGCCUAUGUGAUGGUGCUGCAGGCCAUUGAGCCCCAGAUCAGCCUCCGGGGCACGGACCACCUCUGGAGACCCACCACCCAGUUUGAAAGUGCCCGAGGGGUGACCCUCUUCCCGGACCUCAAGAUCGUGAGCACCUUUGCCAAAGCCGAGGCCCCGGGGGACCUGAGGACCACAGCCCCCAAAUCAGCAGUCUUAGAAGAAAUGCUUCACAACUUAGAUUUCUGUGACAUUUUGGUGCUUGGAGGGGACCUGGACCCAAGACAGGAAUGCCUGGAGCUCAACCACAGCGAGCUCCAUCAGCGACACCUGGAUGCCACCAAUUCCACAGCAGGCUACUCUAUCUAUGGUGUGGGCUCCAUGAGUCGCUAUGAGCAGGUGCUGCAUCACAUCCGCUACCGCAACUGGCAUCCAGGUUCCCUCGAGACCCGGCGGUUCAGAAUCAAGUGCUCAGAACUCAAUGGACGUUAUACCAGCAAUGAGUUCAACCUGGAGGUCAGCGUCCUCCGUGAGGCCAGAGUCUCAGACAAGGAGCAUGUCAACCACCUUAUUGUGCAGCCUCCCUUCCUGCAGUCUGUCCACCACCCUGAGUCCCAGGGUAGCAUCCAGCGCAGUUCAGUGGUUCCAAGCAUCGCCACAGUGGUCAUCAUCAUCUCCGUGUGCAUGCUGGUAUUUGUCGUGGCCAUGGGCGUGUACCGGGUCCGGAUCGCCCACCAGCACUUCACCCAGGAGGCGGAGGCUGCCAAGGAGGCUGAAAUGGAUUGGGACGACUCUGCGCUCACUAUCACAGUCAACCCCAUGGAGAAACAUGAAGAACCAGGGCAUGGGGAAGAGGAGACUGAGGAAGAGGAAGAAGUAGAGGAAGACGUGAGCUCCAGCAGCAGUGAGUCAGAGGACAGCGAAGAGGAAGAGGAGGAGGAAGGGGUCGGCAGGGGCAGGCACGGGCAAAGCGGAGCCAGGCACACCCAGCUGGAGUGGGAUGACUCGGCCCUGCCCUACUAGCACCCCGCUGCCUGCGCCCACUCACGCGGCCCUUUUGUAAGCCCCACCCGAUGUAUGCCCGAGUCUAUCACGUGUCGCCUCUGAUUCCUAUGACGGGUCUGGGCAGGCCUUCUCCAGCCUCCUGAAAGCCACCCUUUAUGCCUUGGGCACUCCCUGUGUCCCAGCCCUGGGGAGGGUCCAAGACUCCCAGGGUCGUCAUUAGUGGGGACUUCCAGGGGGACUUUGUCCUGUAGCCCCCCAUGUCUGCCCUGGGCUAUCCCAGCAUCCUGUCAGCCAGUCUGCAGAGUUCUGCCUGUGCUCUUCUCUACAGGGGAGAAAGUCAGCCUUUAUAUCACUCACCUCCCCCGGACUCCCUGUGCCCAGGGCCCUUGGGUUCCAGCUCACUGUGCGUGCACCUGCCCCCAUCUCCUCUUCCACACAGACCAGCAGGUUCUCCUUCCCUGACUCUUCAGGUGGCUUCACACGGGCAAGGUGGUCAGACUUCACACACAAGAGGUCUCCAUUCUUAAAGGAAAGUCCUUGUUGAGGCAGAAUUAAUGUAUAGGGAAAGGUUCACAUGGACGCACGCACACGCACUCAUACGCUCUCCCCAGUUCGGAGAGCCUUUCCCUUUGUCCUUUCUGAUGCCACACAAGCUUAGAUGAAAAGUCCAAAACCAAGAAGAGGUCCUUGGCCACAGCAGGGUCUGGUCCCCAGCCAAAGCUCUCUGUCAGCCUGCCUUGGCUGCCCUGCUGGGGGCUGCCACCACACAUCACAGGAACCAGGAAGCACUCCACAGAGGCACCGCCCCAGGCGACAGCGUGACAAGCCUGCAGCCAGGGAUCAGAAGGAAAGGCUGAUAGGAUGAGCAGCUGGGCAUCACGGCGGGCACAGAUCUGGGGGACGGGGGUGGUGGGGGUCUCCCCAGAGGGCAGCCAGAGGUUGACAAGGCUUUCAGCAUCUAGUCUUAGGGUCCCUCAUCACCAGUUUCACACUGUUUUACCUCUUGAGAAAAUGCAUCCCUCUCAGAUGUGUUAGUGUGAACUGUGAAUGUGCCGAAUCUAAAAUGAAAGUUUGGAGAUUUGAAUGCUGGGAAUUAGGAGCAUAUCUGUGAUUGGAAGAGCUGCUGCUUUAUUCUUCUCAUAAAAGGAGCAACGCUUUGGGUGGGGGGCAAAUAUAUCU